GCUCGUCAGGAGCGACUCACGAGGCACGUCAACGUCCUGCGUCGUCUUCUUGCUCUGCUCUUUGAUCCUGAUCGCACCCUACCGAUUAUCCCUAUCCGCCUAGGGAUAUUUACAAGGGUGUAUCGCGCUUUAUGGGACUCUGGCUCGCAGGGAGAUUUCGUUCACCCCCGAGUGGUUGAGGAAACUCGCCUAGCUACCUCUGGGUCUCGCUCUCCUAUCUCCGUUACCCUCGGAGAUAACAAGACGCAGCGCUUCUUCGAUCAUGAGGUCCCCGACCUCCACUUCUCCCUCACUCUCCAGCCAUCGGAUAGUACCCAGACGCCUAGGCGCUACCAUUCCUCCGCAUACUUCGACGUGCUGGAGACUGGGUACGACUUUGUCCUUGGCACUCCCUGGUCUCGCCAGUUCCGCAGCACAGAGGCCGAAUGGGCGACCGAGACACUCGUUCUCAAAACGAAGUGCGGCCAGACCCUUCGAGUCCCCUUUAUUGGAACCACGGGUGACACCCCCCCAGACCUACCUCCCCAGGACCCUCGUCCCUCUGGGUCCCACCCAGACAUCGCGUUCACUUCCCCUCGUCAGUUUGCUCACUUCAUCCGAGAGGAGGACGUCACAUUCUACUCAGUGAACGUCAUGGAUCUUCUUCGCUACGAUCCACUCUGUCCCGAGGUUGAGCUCAUCUCACUGGAGCCCGAUCCCCCUGACCCUUCCUCCAUCUUUGCGGCUCCCAUCUCCACAUCCACCCGUCAGCCUGCGGAUACCCCCUCCACGUCCCAAGCCCCUGCGCUGCCGACCGUUGAGUCCACAUAUAUGUCUCAUGACGACGCAGACGCUGAGGAACUCACACGGUUCGCGACAGACUUAGAGCCCGCCGUUCGCGACCUGAUUCGAGAGUACCGCGACGUCUUUCCCCCGUACUUCUCAUACAGCGGGAUUCCCCCGAUGCGCGGUGUUGAGCAUUUUAUCCAGCUCGUGCCUGACUAUCGUGUUCAUCAUCAGGCACCAUACCAACUCUCGAUUCCAGAGGCGACGAAACUCAAGUGUCAGCUUGAGGAGCUCCUUCGACUGGGUUUCAUUAAGCCCAGUAGCUUCCUUUGGGGUGCACCUGUCCUCUUUGCUCGCAAAGCAGACGGAACUCUUCGCCUCUACAUCGACUACUGCGGCCUUAACUGUUACAUGGUUAAGAACAGCUAUCCCAUGCCUUGCGUGGAUGAGCUGUUUGACCGUCUGGCAGGCAACCGCUUUUUCACGAAGAUCGAUCUUCGUAGCGGUUACCACCAGAUCCACGUUGCCACAGAGGACCAGCCGAAGACCAUCUUUCGGUCGCGCUUCGGCCACUACGAGUUCACGGUGAUGCCAUUCGGCCUCACCAAUGCGAUGAACGACAUCUUCAGGGACAUCCUUGAAGAAUACGUUCUCGUAUACCUGGACGACAUCUUGGUCUACAGUCGUACCUUAGAAGACCAUCUCAGACACCUCCGCGAUGUCCUACAACGCUUACGCAAGCAUGACUUUUAUGCCAAGCUCAGUAAGUGCCGCUUUGCCCAGCGCAAAGUGAACUUCCUUGGACAAAAUGUGUCUGACCACGGUCUCCACAUGGACGACGCGAAGAUCACUGCUAUUGCAGAGAUCUCCGAGUAUCUUGGCAAGUGGAAACUCCAUGGGUAUCGGAGCCGAUGGACAAAAGAGGAUCUUAUAGAUAACUUCGCCUUUAAUUUUGAUUCGAACCUUGUGAGUGAAGUUAAGAGUGAGAAGCCAGGGGAUAGGCGAUGGAAGACUUACAGGGAGAACCUCUACCAACGUUUUAAGGAUGAGGAGAUUAGGUACUCCAUUAAUGACCUCAAGUCCUUAACGCAGGGCGAAGACGAGAGUGUUUGCACCUUUGGGAGAAGAUUCGAGAAGAUGUCGAAGGCGUUGAUGGCAAACGGCAAGUUGUCUGAAGUGCAAAGAUGCACCAUAUUUAUCUGUCGACUGCCUAAAGGCAAACAAAAGGGCAUUCUGCGGGAUCUAUCGCGAGAUGAGCUCGAGUUCUCUGAGGUCCUAAAGCUUGCUAUCAAAGCAGCGAAUGAUGAUUACAAGGACCUAGUAUGGAGCGAGUUAAAACACUUGGAAGCUACCCCGCGUGAUUUAGUGCUCGAGAAGUAUCCGGAUAUUGACGAUAGACCCUGGGCACCUCGACAGUAUACGUUCGAUGAGCCUAAGACCCGACCGGAAACUAAGGUUGAUCCUAUAGAGAAAUUGACCCAAGUGGUUCAAGGCUUAGCAAAGGAAGUCUCUGAGAUGACGACAAAGACUGAGGUAGUCGGGUAUCGUGAGAAAGAAACUCUUUCUCCUUAUUCUUUGAGAUGGGAUAGGAGAGAUACCGGGCCUUGGAGAGACAUCGAGAAAAGGAAUCCCAGAACCCUUGCCGAUUAUAGAACGAGGGAGCAACUUGAUCCACCGAGGAGGGAGCGACAAUAUGGAGAUAGACGAGAGUCUUUCUCCCGACCUCGAGAUGAUGACUUCGGAGGGAGAGACGAUGACCGCCGUCGUAAUGACCAGUCUGAGAUCUAUCCGGACCGCAGAGAUGAUGCUUAUCACAGUCCGCGCUAUCCUCAAAGAAGGGAGGAAUACCCUAGGAGUCCUGGAUAUGACAAGGAGGCCAAAAGUUAUGACGAGAGAGAUCAUCGUGAUGAUUCGCGUGGUAGGGACCGUCGAGAGGACUCUAGAGGUCGGGAUCGGCGCGAUGAGGCAUAGGGCAAGAAUGGAAGGGACUCUAGUCAAGACGUAAUAGCGGGGAGUCAAGGCCCCAGACGU